AUGGGUCUAUUGAGUAUUAUAAGGAAGCAGAAGUUGAAGGAUAAAGAAUUACGGAUCCUUAUGUUAGGACUUGAUAAUGCUGGGAAAUCCACAAUCAUCAAGACGAUUCUUCAUCAAGAUAUAAACAAAGUGAUUCCUACGAUGGGGUUCGAGAUCAAUACUGUGGCGUUUGAAGGGUUCCAGUUGAAUAUCUGGGACAUUGGGGGUCAACAAACUUUGCGAUCAUUUUGGUUCAAUUAUUUUGAUAGAUUAGAUGCAUUGAUUUGGGUUAUUGAUUUAAGUAAUUUACAAAGAUUGAAUGAGAAUUUCAAAGAGAUGAGGAAAGUGUUGAAUAAUGAGAAAUUGAUUGGGUUAAAGAUCUUGAUUUAUUUAAACAAGAUGGAUUUAGUUGCAAAAGAAGAGAUCCCCAAAGUUAAAGAACAAGUGACAAGAGUGUUGGAGUUGGAUCAGAUUGAGAGUGAUAAAUGGAGGAUCUUUGAAAGCAGUGCCCAUGACGUUGAUAGUGUUGCCAAAGGUUUGGAAUGGAUUGUACUUGGUUAA